AUGGAUUUUGUUGACAAAAUUGAGCCCUGUCCUGCAUGGCGCCCCGUACGAUCAGUACCACAGUACAUCAAGGCAGACUGGGACAAAGUCAGAGCAGAAGCGGAAAAACUGCAGCAGGCGGUUCUCGAGCCCGACCUGUUCCACCAACGUUCGGUCAAUGGAAACUGGACCAAAUUUAAGGACGGUAUGCUUAGCAUAAUCCAGAACUUCAUCCCACACAAAGUGAUAAAAGGGAACAAUAAGCUACUAUGGGUAAAUGGAGCAAUCAAGAAAGCGAUCAAGAAAAAGCACCGUCUUUUUCACAAAAUACAUCAAAACCGCAGUGCGGACAACACACUCCGGUAUAAAACACAGAAGAAACUCGUUCGGAAAUUAAUAAACCAAUCACAUUGGGUAUAUCUGAACCAAAUCCUCAAUCUCAGUCUUAAAGAGAAUAACCCAAGAACAUUUUGGAGAUACAUUAAAUCUCAAAAAGCAGACAAUAUUAGAAUAUCUCCUCUUCGGCAGAAUGGAAAACUUUAUGCAGAUUCGAAAACCAAAGCUCAACUCCUGAACGAUCAGUUCAAGUCUGUGUUCACCCAAGAAAACACCAGUAACAUUCCUGACAUUCAAGGUGAACCGAAACCAUCUAUUGGCGAUAUCCUCAUAGAUGAAUCUGGCCUGAAAACGCUUCUCAGCAGAAUCAACCCAAACAAGGACUGUGGUCCGGAUGCCAUCCCCAACCGCAUCCAGAAAGAAACAGCUUACGAGAUAGCACCAUUAUUGAGUGCGAUUUUCCAACAAUCCCUUGAUGAUGGUCAACUACCCUCCGACAGGAAAAAGGCUCUCGUUACUCCAGUAUACAAGAAAGGAGACAGACACGCGUGUGAAAACUACCGUCCAGUGUCUCUCACAUGUGUCUGCGGGAAACUUCUGGAACAUGUAAUUUAUCGUCAUAUACUGUCACACUUGGAAACCCACAACAUCCUCACUAACGUUCAACACGGCUUUCGACGGGAACAUUCCUGUGAAACCCAGCUACUGACUACCGCACAUGACCUCAUACAACAACAUGAUAACAAGGCACAGAUCGAUAUAGCCGUUUUGGACUUCACCAAGGCAUUCGACACGGUGCCCCAUCAGAGGUUGCUGAAGAAGCUAAGCCACUACGGCAUCCGAAACCACAUACUCAAAUGA